AUUCUUGAGAAUUCCAAAUAGCUACUUUUCUAACUACGCAGUCACUUUCACACUUUGGGGUUAUAUUACGAAGAGUUCGAGAUAUACUUUUUACGAAUACUUUUUGUUGAAUUUCUCUGUGAACUGAAAUUAAACUAAUCAUAACAAAGAAAGUAACGAAAUUACUACUGUAUAGCGGAUAUUUCAGUUUAAAUAUGCGUGUCGAGCGUUUAUUUAGCUUGACAGUUUAAUUGGGGAUUGUUUGUUCCACAAGUAGUACUAUAUAGUACCGAUACUCUCUUUUGUGUCAUUUCUACCACAGACACCAAACCGACACUGACCGACACCGAUAACUUUAUGAGAGAAAUUUACGCUAUUUUAUGCUCAUACGAAAAUGAAUGAAACUACAUUACCUCCCUCUCCAAAUUGGUACUUAAGUAAUAUUCUUGCUUGUUCUUUUAAUGGAACUGUUGCAUGGGGUGGUAGAAAUGCAAUUAUUGUUGCUAAGUACAACGAAGGUGAAAGAACAUUACAGUAUUCCAUUAUUAAACAUGCUCACAAAGACAGAGUAUCAUAUCUUGCUUUUACUCCUCCAUUUGAACAAGUAACCGACAACUUAGUGGCUUCCAUUGGCGAUGAUAAUACAGUUAAAAUAUGGAAUGUAGAAACAUUGUCUAUGGCAUUCAGUCAUUCCCUUGCAACUGACAAACAAGCGAUAGGUGUAGAUUGGUCCUAUCAAGAUCCCUUUGUUGUAUAUUUUGCAAGCUCUGAUGGUUAUGUGUUUUCUUGGAAUGUUUUCUUUGAUACUAUCUCUUCUAUAUUAUUAGGAAAGAUGACACCUACUUGUCUUGCCUCUUGUCCUCAUGAUCGACACCUUGUUGCUGUGGGUUCUAAGAAUGGUUUAAUCUAUAUUGUCAAUUUUCAAAGGAAAUGGCAAACAGUUUAUAAACUGAGAGGACAUGAUACAGAGAUAGUUAGUUUAUCGUGGUGCCCUUCAAAAGAGAAUGUUAUAAAUAAAAGUCAGAAUAUAGAUUUACUUUUAGCAUCAGGAGGAAAAGAUAGAUCAAUUUUUAUUUGGAGAGCUGGUGGAGACAGACGAUAUGAAAUGACAAUUCCAUUACCUGUAGGACCUCUUGAUUCUCAUCAACAUAGAAGCAAAUUAAACUCAUCAGUAGGUAAUUGGACUGCAGUUCGUUGGGUAGAGCCUAACCUGUUACUUACAAGUUCCUCUUGGGGUGAAUUACUUUCUUGGAAUUUAUCAACAAUAAUGAAGAAUAAACCUGCUUGCCAGUUAAUACAUGCAUAUCAUACUAGGGGUUUAUUUUGUAUUGCACACGUACCGACUAUACAAGACAAUUUGAGAGAAGAUUGGAGAGUCAAACACAGGCUUAAAAUUUGGACUUUGGCACAAGAUCGUAGAGUUAUUUGCUGUAGUAUUAAAGAAAAUAACGUUGAAACGGAACAUGAUAUUUUCACGCAAAGUGCGUAUGUUUAUUGCAUUGCUGCCUGUCCAUUUGACACUUCUCGAAUUGCUUUUGGAGUUGGGGAUGGAAUGUUACGUAUAUGGAAUUUGUCAGAAACGCAUAGCACUUCAUUUGAUAUAACUUAUUUAUGGCAAAAGAUUAAGGGAAAGAUUCGCACGAUAUCAUGGCAUCCUGAAAAGGAAAAUUUGCUAGCAUAUGCAACUGACGAAGGUCGAAUUGGUGUCUUUGAUACAAAUGGCAACAAGCCCAUUUUGUACAGACAAUAUCACAGAAAUACGGUAUAUACUAUUAGUUGGGGUCCUCAUCCAGAGAGUAAGCAGCAUGUUUUGUAUUCCUGUGCGGAAGGAGAACUUGUAUUCUAUGAUCAGGGAAAGCCAAAUCAAGAACCAACGUCCGUAUUGAAAAUGGAAUGUACAGAAUUUUCUUGGAAGCCAGAUUUUUCUUGCUUAGCAGUAGGAUUUGAAAAUGGAUCAAUUUAUUUUCUUAAUCGCAAAUUCGAGCUGUGCGGAUAUGUUAAACUUUCUUCAGUAAUGGUACACUGCUUGGUGUGGCAUCCUGAGAGCACGGCAACAGAUUCGAUGUAUUCUCCAUUGAAAAAUUAUGUAGCUGUUGCCUUUAAAUCGACUACAAUAAUUAUAAUAGAUCUAUCCAAUUUCGUGGAUCAUUUAACAAAAUUAGAAAAUGCCACGGAAAAUGAUAAUGAGAAAAAGUGUGAUUCUUAUAAGGUGCAUGAAAUUGUAGCUAGCCUAACCGGACAUAUUCAGAAUGUUGUUUGUUUAGCUUGGAGUCCAUAUAUUAGCGGACAAUUGAUAUCGGGAAGUUAUGACCAUACCGCACAGGUAUGGAAUGUUGAAACACAAGAGUUGAUAGCUACUUAUACAGGACAUUGUGGUCCAGUACUAUGUUGUAUAUGGAGUCCACUUGAUCCUGAUUACAUUAUAACUGGCUCUGGAGAUUUCACAGUACGAAUAUGGAAAAUCGCUUGUAACAGUGCCACUUUGCCCAAAGAAAAAGUUCAUAAAAAAUCUACAAAACAAGAUAAAAAGAAGCAAAACAAAAUAAAUAUGACCGUGGACGUUUCGGCUCGAAAUAGCGUAGCAGAAUUAGUUGAUACUAUGUUAGAGUGUUCGAUUUCAAAUGUUCCUCAAACUGCACAAAACUCGAAGACAGUGUCGGCAGUAGAAAUAAAAAAGAAGAAAGGUAAUCGAAUGCCAUAUUUUGCAAAAAGUACUAAAACAAUGAAUGAUAAAACAGUUUUGCUUAAUUCUCUCAUAAACAUUGUAAAGAACUCGCAAAAUGAAAAUGUAAGCGAUGAACAAAGUCCGGACACUUUCUAUUAUAUGACACCAUUAUUUUCGGAAAAAGAAGAUUUUAUGACAUUUUUGGCCAAUGAAAAAUUUGGCCAUAUCGAGGAAAACAGACAUAAUGUAGCAACAGAGAUGGACGUAUGGUGUGACAAUCUCAAACAAAAUUUAGAGAAAGCUGCCAAAGAAAAACGUCUCAAUGACUUUAUUAUUUCACUUUCAGUUAGUCUUUCGAUGAAAACAUGGAAAGAAAUGUGUGAACUGUACGCGUAUCAAUUGGUAAGCGAAGGUAAUCCUUAUAAAGCAGUAUCUUAUUUACUUUGCAUACAUAAAACAUACAAAGCUAUAGAAGUAUUUCAAGAUGCGAAUUUGUAUAAAGAAGCUUACGUUCUUGCAAGAUGUAAACUUGAAUCAGAUGAUCCAACCCUGAUAAAUGUAUUAAAAAAUUGGGCAAAAUACAGUGUAUGCAGAUGUCAAUUCGAAGAAGCGGCAUACAUUUAUGCCAAAUUAGGAGAGUUUUCUGAUACAGUAAAAUAUCUCACACGUCGUAAAGAUCCAGCUUCUAUAAUAACUGCAUCCGAAAUUGCACUUUUAUGUAGCGACGACAUUCUCAGUAAAACUUUAGCCGAGGAAGCAAUAGCUGGAGCUAUGAAAAAUUCAGAGUAUGAUUUAGUUCGAAGUAUAAUAGCGAAGUUUCCGUAUCUCAGGUAUCGUGAAGUUCAUUUAUUAGCCCUUGAAGAACUCGAACACAUAAUUGAGAAAGAUAUAAAGCUUGACACGAUUCAAAUGUGGUUGGACGGAAAAUUAAAUUAUGGAUUACUUCAAAAAUUAAAAGAACUUUUUGAAGAUACUAGUUCUUACUACACUGAUUUACGUCAAAGUAAUUUUUGUAAUACCCUAGAAAACGAGCAUAUGUUAUGGUUGACAGUUAGCUAUGAAAUUGCGUUGGCAAUAGUUUCUGCUGAGAAACAACAACAGUUAAAACAUAUUGUUACAGCAUUAGGCGCCGUUGCUCAGUUCGAAGUAUUGCAUCGAAAAAAUAUUGAAAAUCGUAGUAAUUUCUUGAUUGAAAUUAUUAUAAAUUUAGAUGCUGCAAGUCCAUUGGACGAAGAAAGCAUUUAUUCAAAAACCGAUUAUCCUGUAUCAACUGGUUUACGAGGUUAUUUAUGUUAUGCGUUUUUGAAUUGGCUCAUAGAUAAUGUAGAUAUAGAAACCACGAAUAUCCACACCCAGAUUUACAUCACUUUAAUAGAAAAUUUGAUCGAAGAUGCUUUAAACAAACGAGGAGUAAAGCAGUGGUCAAUUACGAACGACAUUGCCAAAUUGGAAAGUCAAAUAGCUUCUAUUCUAUGUAAAACGCAAGAAGAAGAUAAAAAUGAGGAACAUGCAGAAUCUCUUGUACACGAAUUAAGCAUGUUAAAAACUGAAAAGAAACAGCUUGUCGAUGAAUUAGUUUGUGUUCCUAACCCUGCCAUGGUUUACAGCAAGGCAAAUGAAUUAGCUGACAAGAUCUCGGAUGAAACUACUAAAACUAAGUUUCUAGGAACUGUUUCUAAAGCAUGGACAAAUGCUACCUCAUGAAUAGAGUCAUGAAUUGAUUUAAUUUUGUGUAUGCUAAUGAUGAAUGCUCGAAUAUUGUAUUACUUUAUUUUUUUUUUAUCACUUAGCAAAAAAAGGUUAAGUAUACUAGUUCCUAAUUACGUUUAUACGAUUUUUAAUUAAGGUAUUUAUACAUUAAAUAAAUAUAAAUAUAUUUACAUAUUAUCAAUAACAAUAAAGUAGAAAAAUACGAUUUUUAUUUGUAAAGAAAUAAUAAUACCAUUUAUUCCAAA